AUGCAAGCACCCCUUGCUUGUGAGAAUUUCCUCGCCCUCUGUGCCUCUGACUACUACAAGGGGUGUAUUUUUCAUAGGAAUAUUAAGGGUUUUAUAGUUCAAACAGGCGAUCCAACAGGCACCGGAAAAAAUGGUCAGAGCAUCUGGAAGCAGAAGUUUAAGGACGAGUUUGACGACUCACUUAAGCACAACACAAGAGGUAUUGUCUCUAUGGCCAACAAUGGACCGGAUUCCAAUGGAUCACAGUUUUUCAUUACUUAUAGCAAACAGACCAUGCUAGACAUGAAAUAUUCAGUAUUUGGCAAGGUGAUUGAUGGUUGGGAUGUUCUAGAUGAAUUGGAACGUGCACCUGUAGAAGAUAAGACGUACAAACCCCUCACUGAUAUUCACAUUCAAGACAUCACGAUUCACGCCAACCCAUUCGCUGAGUAA